UCUAUUCUUUCUUGGUUCCGUCGUCUGCCUGUUGCGUCCUACUUACCUACACGAAGUGGAAAAAAAAAAACGUAGCUCUCCACAAUUCGUUCCUCUUCCACCGAUCAACUUACCUACCUUACCUACCUACUCUACCCUACUUUCGGUCUGGUUAAUAUUGAUUGACCUAAACCUACCAGCCAUAUAUUCCACCAUAGAAUCUACAAACUUGAGAAUGGUUGUCUUUUGAAUUCUUCGCGAUCAAGCUCUGUAUCUCUUGGGCUGUGUUUUAGAAAAAUGGUUUUCUUGAAGCCUAGACCUUUCCUUGUUCCUACAGCUAUCUUUUACUAGUCAUCAUUGCCUUACUCACGAUGGAUGUCGCACAUCGCUGUUCAAUCGCCCAAGCCGCCGCGGCCGGCGCCUGUCUUAUACUCUAUUUUAUAUGUAUUAUAUUACCCAGGGCGCCACAAUGGGCUCGACCUUUUGCUCAGGAAGCGCCACAAUACCAGCGUCAUCCCAAGUCGUGGACAUCUUGGUCAAUUUCAUUGUUCGCAUUAUCUAUACUUGGCCUCGUAUCGUCUUCUCUAUUAACAAUAUCCCCUUCGUUCAACUACUUUAAGCUGUUAGAUACAGGGCCAUGGGUUGCUGGGUUAUUGAUUACCCUGGUAGGCCGCCCUAAGAGGACGCCAAAGGCCUUAUUAGCCCUCUAUGUUUUUUCCUUGGUGUGUGGUCUUAUCGCACUUGCUAGCACACUUGACGAAAUUCACCAAAUACAUAUACUACGAGUUGUGACUCUUGGUAUAGAGCUAACAACCUUAGUUGUUAUUUUGCUCAUGCCUAUGCGCGAUCCUUCUCUCGAAAGUGCUGGCAUUGCGGGAACUAGAGAACCCCCUACCUCGGAAUUGAGAAGCCCUGAAGAUAACUUGAGUCUUCUACAGUUUAUGACCAUCUCUUGGUUAUCACCACUCAUAUCUCGUGGAUACAAUAAUCAGCUCAACGAUGAGGAUGUGUGGUUUCUUCCUUACGAAUUUCAACACAAGCAGCUGCACAUCCUGUUCCGCGAACUUAAAGGCCCUGUGUGGCUUCGUCUCAUGCUCGCGAAUGGUCUUGACCUUUUUAUCAUCUCGGCUCUAGGGAUUCUAGAGGCUACGGCAAACCUAGCAGCACCACUUCUAUUACAAAGCCUGUUAAUCUCCAUAGAGAAAGGCCUUAAGUAUCGAACAGAAUCUAUGUUUUGGGCAUUUGUAAUGUUAACCCUACGACUCAUCAGCGCCCAAUCAGGUGUGUUCUCUCUCUGGUUUGGCCGCCGAGCAUACGAGAGAUCUCGCGGAGAAAUGAUCACUAUGGUCUACGCGAAAACCCUAGCGCGUAAAUCUUAUGGCCAACCAUUGGAAAAUGGAGAGCACGCACACGAGAACAGCAAUGAAAAUGGCAACAGUAGUGGGAAUGGUGAUAUCGAUGAGGAAACCCCCUUAUUAGGUCGCCAGCUCAAACCAAGUCGCUUCAAGCGAUUGUUUGGAUUUUUCAAACGCCAAAAGGUUGACAAGCCGGAGAAUACUAAGCGUCCUCCAGACCAACCAGCUACAAUGGGUAAAAUCCUUAAUCUCAUGAAGUCUGACGUCUAUGAAGUAGCACAACGCUUUUGGGAUUUUGCUGGACUCAUCACUACCCCUCUUCAACUGGCCCUAUCGCUUGUUUUCCUCUGGCACUUGCUUGGCUGGUCCUGUCUCCUUGGUUUGGCAUGGUUCAUUAUCGUUCAGCUCUUGAACGCAAGCUGCAUUCGACGCUUAUAUGUUAACGAAAAGCUUCGUCGUUCUGCAUCUGAUGUGAGAAUAAAUGCCACAUCUCAGUUCAUCGAAGCCAUACGACCCCUGCGGUGGUACGAUUGGCAGUAUAAAUGGCUUGAUACUAUCAUGAAAUCUCGUACAGCUGAGCUGCAUCUACGGAUUAUAACGGGGCUAUGGAAUAUAGCGAUCAGUGCAACUAAUCUAUCUGGAAGCUCGCUCUUCCCGGUGUUUACUUUCUUUGCUUACACAUAUAUCGAAAAAAAACCUUUGACUGUUGAUAUAGCCUUCCCGGCUCUUCAGCUGUUCUCGAUGCUGGAAACUAGCUUGAGAGAGAUACCGAAUCUUGUUACUGUGCUUCUCAAUGCAUACGUCUCGUUGGGUCGUAUCGAGGCGUUCAUGGCGGAGCCAGACAAGGAAGAAGGUGACUACGAUAAUUCUUUGUCUGACAUUGAAUUUCAAGAUGCAACCUUCGUGUGGCCGACUAAUCAGAAAACGGUCUUGAAGAAUCUUAACCUUCGAUUUACCCCUGGACUUUCCAUCAUAUGUGGAAGAGUAGGUGCAGGUAAAACUGCUCUGCUCCAAGCUAUUCUUGGCGAGCUAGAUAGAGUUAACGGAGGUAGUAUACUGCCAAACGAAAUGGUCGGUUAUUGUGCACAAUCUCCAUGGCUUCAGAACAUGAGCAUCAGGGACAAUAUCCUAUUCAACUUCCCGUACGACCCCAUUAGAUAUAAAAAGGUCGUAGAUGCUUGCGCUCUUACACUUGAUCUUGCUAGCUUCUCGCACGGAGACUUAUCAAACAUUGGGGAGAACGGCAUCGGUCUGUCCGGCGGCCAGAAGGCACGAGUCGCCUUGGCUAGAGCUGUUUAUAGCAAUUCACGCAUUCUAUUACUCGACGACCCUCUCGCUGCACUAGAUCAUAACACGGCUGAGUCUAUCGUCCGUAAGUUGUUUCAAGGGUCACUUAUGGAAGGUCGCAUCAUACUCCUCGUCACACAUCGGGUAGACCUCUGCGCCCAUCUCGCCGAUCAAUUUGUUCAAAUCGACAAAGGACAUGCCCGAGUCCUCGAGGCAGACGAGAUCUCCCAGGAGAUCACUAUGAUUACUAGGGAACAAGAAGCGCUUGCUGAUUCUCAUAGUGGUGAUGAAGUCCAUGCGUUGACCGAAGAAGACGACGAUGCUGCCCUACCAGAUAAGUUCAUCACAGACGAACAUCGAGCGUCUGGUGGAGUUGUGGCAAGAAUAUAUUGGAUCUACAUAAAGGCCGGAAAGCUGAGAUGGUGGUUAGUAGCCAUCGCUCUCUUCGCACUCUUCCGCCUCGCUCGUAUAUUCAACGCAUGGUUUCUGAAAGCUUGGGGCGAGGGGUACUCGACUGUAGAAGAGUUGACCUUCACUACCUCAGGUCUUGGAGAUGGAAUAUUCAACAAUCUUCCAAGCCCGAUCGCAAAUGUUACGCCCUGGCUUAUGGGUUAUGCAGCGUUAGGCGUUGCUACGACCAUCCUUUUCACCAUCACGCAAGGCGUCUUACUCUUGAUACUGUAUCUGGCCGCCAAAGACUUGUUCGGAAGGGUACUGCAUCGAGUCAGUAGUGCCACGUUUCGGUUUUAUGAUACCACACCCGUCGGGCGAUUGAUGAAUAGGUUAACGUCCGACAUAGGAAUGUUGGAUGGCGGAAUGAUUGCACCGUUGCAAGACGUCACGUUCUGGUCGAUCAACUGGAUCAUUAGUAUGGUCGUCAUUGCAUCUAUAACACCUAUGUUUUUCGUCUUCGCACUAGCCAUGACAUUGCUGUUCACAUAUAUAUUCAACCUUUUCAUACCUACGUCUCAGAGUCUGCGGCGACUCGAGAUGGUGUCGCUAUCCCCUUUAAUGUCCAAUUUUGGAAUACUAUUGGAAGGCCUAGCAACAAUCCGAGCCUUCAAGGCACAGGCCCAUUUCCAGGCCAAAAAUAUUGCCAUUACCGACGCUUUCCAGAAGAUGGACCACUUCUAUUGGAGUUUACAGGCAUGGCUACAAUACAGAUUUGAUGCAAUCUCAGCGGUAUCAACAUUUAGUUUAGUACUACUAUCGUUAUAUCAGGGUUUAUCGCCCGGCCUAACAGCCUUCGUUCUUGCAACGGCAUCACAAUUCGUCGAUGCUACGCACGGAAUAUGCAAAGCAUACGGGAAACUACAGAUGGACUUCGUGUCAGUGGAACGUGUCGUGGAGCUGCUUGAUCUCGAGGAGGAACCGGUCGGUCAUCUCAAACCUCCAGCAAGCUGGCCUUCGUACAGCGACGAUAUCGCCUUUGAUCAAGUAACACUCAAAUAUGCUCCGCAUCUUGACCCUUCUCUACAAGACGUCACAUUUAUCAUUCCUGGCGGAGCAACUUGUGCUGUGUUAGGCCGCACAGGCUCUGGGAAGUCAACUCUUGCCCUCUCCCUCCUCGCAACGAUGCACCCUGAGCGCGGCAGAAUACGCGUCGGCAGCGUCGAUAUCUCCCAAGUAGAUGUACACACGUGGCGCCAACGCAUCAGCUUCGUCGCGCAAGACCCAGUAUUAUUUCCGGGUACAUUGCGUGACAAUCUCGAUCCCCUCGAUCUACAUAGCGAUGACGAAUGUGAGGAGGCUCUACAUCGAAUUCUGGGGCCUGGAUGGACUCUAGACUCGCGCGUAGAGGACGGCGGCAAGAACCUCAGCCAGGGGCAGCGACAGCUCGUUGGCAUUGGCCGUGCGGUGCUUCGGCGGAGCCCCAUCAUCAUCCUCGAUGAAGCGACCGCAUCCAUUGACAAGGAGACCGCGCUCGCCAUUCAGGAUGUCCUCCGCGACGAGCUUGCACAGAGUACCGUAAUCACUAUCGCACAUCGCCUAGAAGCCGUACGUGACGCGGACUACUUCAUCAGGCUUGAUGCGGGACGCGUAGUUGAGGCCGGUCCUGCUUCCCAGUCAGUGCCAUAAAUACGAGCGAUGGGAAAAAAAGGAAAUUUUGAAAGGAAACAAGGUGGGACAAAAGAUUGCUUUUGAAUAAAAUAAACAGGGUAUAUAUGAAAGAGAUGAUAGCGAAAUGUCGCGGAUUUGUCCGCUCUUUAUCAGGUCAAACAUUGAGCUAGUUAAAAGCAGUAGAGUGACUGAUGGUGGAGAUGAUGGAUGACGCCAAUGGUCCUUCGCCUCUAUUCAUUAAGAACG